UUGUUCAACAAUUUGUUCACUUCUCUGGCUCUCGCUUACGAAUGGGAUCGCCUGGGCAAAGAGCGAAAAAGCCUGCGUGUCACCAAACCCCAGGGGCAACAUCGCGAGACCCAUUUCCUACAACUCCCCUUGAAAUGGGGGAUACCCGUCAAUUUCACAAGCGGCUUACUACAUUGGCUUGCGUCGCAAGCUCUGUUCCUUGUCCGAGUGGAUAGAUAUGACAGAGAAGGCGCUCUUAAAGAAGAGUCUUCUGAAGCAGCAUGCGGGUUCUCACUGCCAGCAUUGCUGACCCUUUCGAUUGUACUCAUUGUGCUACUUUUCCUGGUCUGGUUCUUUGGCGACAAGAUUUUCGAAACGCAUAUCCCGCUCGCAGGAUCCUGCAGCUGGGUCAUCAGUGCAGCUUGCCACGCUAGCGUAAAGGAGGCUGCUCCAUGGUUGGAGAAGGUACAGUUGGGGGUAGUCUCGGAAGAAGAACGCGCUGGCGAGACUAUAGGGCAUUGCUCUUUUUCAGCGCUACCCGUGGAGGCACCGAAGAACGGUAGAAGGUACAAGUGA